GUAAAUUCUAGAAUGCCUAUCGAGUCCAUCACUGCAUUGGCUCUGGCUAGCAAUUCUCCUGGAAACUCACUUUCAUCUCUUCUGCAGCUGCUUCCUCCAGGCCUCACUCCACAGCAGAUUAGUGCUCUGACUUUUGCUCUCAAUCAGACUGUUCAAGGAGCAGUGAGCGCUGCUGCUGAAGCCAUCAAACAGCGAUUGCUAGGUCCAAAUGGAGGUCUUAAUAACGGACGCUACUUUAAUGCUUACUUAACAUUUGCUGGAUUGCUUUGUGGUCUUGGAUUGCAUGAGAUGGCCAGUUCACUCAAUUUUAUUCUUGCAAAGCGUAAUGCCUGGCGUACUCCUUUACUUAGAUUAGCUAUUAUAACAUGGCUUUUCAUUAUGGUAUAUCUCUCACUAUACAUCACUCUUGUCGAUCUGCGCAUCUCGCCAUACCACUUUGAUAUUACAUGGUAUAGAAUUCGAUUCAUUGUUUUACUGAGUGCCUCGAGUCUCUCUGCUAUUGGCCUCUAUUCUUUGCUUUUGAUUCGUAUCAGAAUGUUUUUUGAGGCGAGAUCCAUCACAUUUAUUGCGCUUGCCUCUCUUGGUGCUCUUACAAUGACAUCUGCCAUUGUCUUUUCGCUUUGUGCUGGAUACAUGGUUAUGGUUUUUCCUGAAGAAAAAAUACUGAUUGGUGGUGAUGUUCUUCAAGAUCACACUGUAUCUAUGCUUGCCGCCAUUUCACACAUUACUCAGGGUGUUUUUUCAACCAUUUGCUCCAUUUUAUUCCUAUACUCUAUUGCCAAUGCUGUUGGAAUGUCGUCAUCCACAUUUGCAAGCGAAAUGUUUUUGAACCAUGAUGGCGCUCGUUUUCUUAUUAUUAUUAUCUUGUGCAGUUUGACUGCUGGAUGUCAAAUUUACAAUGCAAUUCGAUCACCUGAUAACUACGUCGUGUACCUAUCGUACUAUGUCGAUGCAUGGCUGUUUCCAUUGGAAAUGUAUACGUUCUUGUCUACUAGCUAUGUGUCUGCCAAGGAGAUUAUCGGUAAAUCCAAAGCAGCAACUUCAAGAUACCAAAGCAACUCGGUGGGUGGCGGUGCAGCCAAAGUAGACGCUAUUGAUGGUCAAGACAAAAGCGCCACGUCCAGCAAUAGCGACCAUACCAUUGGUCAUCCCGUACUUGUCUAUGGUGGAAACACGUACAACAGCACCAUUGCUCAGCACUCGCCAGUUUCUGAACACAACAUACGCACACCCCCCGUGCCGCGGUAUUUGUAUACGGAGGGAGUGUCGGAUACACGGGGUAUCAACUAUCUCCACACUCCUGACCAGGCUCAAAAGCAACGACAGUAUCCAACACACGACUAUACCUAUUCGCCUCCAGACAGUUUUGCACAUCCCGAGCAUGCUGACAGUCUAUCGACACAACCCCUUCCGUGGAAUGCAACAGAAUACACAGAACCCUCACUCAACCCACAACGGCAAUACGGUGAUGUUAGCAGCCGGCCAGGGGUUUAUCGCGAGUGGUUUUAA